GAUAUCAAAAGUGAGGGAAGUCUCUCGGAUGGUGGCUGUUAUGCUGGCGGCGGAAGAUCAAUCCGUGGACGGGCAUUUAGCAUCCACUCCACGGAGGAGAGGUAGCGACGAUAUGUUCUAUUUUAACCUUUCAAAUGUUUAUGGAAUUUAGUAUUUUUUUUUAUUUACCUUUCAGUUUGCCUAUGGCCACAUAGUCAACACCAACUUCUGUCUUAAUACGUUAGCUAGCUACUAUAACUAGCUAACGUUAGCUAACACGUCAAAGUAAGGUUAACUACAGUAACUGUUAGAUAGCUAACGUUAGCGAAUUUACGUUUUUAUUAUCCAGCCCCUCAUAACAUUUCCAAGCAAGUAGUGAAGUGUAAAAUUAGCGUUUAUGUACACUUGAAGUUCAAGCUAGCUUGUAUAGCUAGAAGAUCAAUCUAACGUUACUGUAGUUAGCUAACGUUCUUCUUUAUAGUUAACUAUUCGUCAGCUAGCUAACUUAGCUUGUAAGGUUAACACCAAUUCUAGCUAGUUAACUAGCUAACUUAGCUAGCUAGUUAGAAUUGGUGUUAACCUUGCCAGCCUGCUUCUAGCUAGACACCCCCAUGGCCUUCAGCUAACUGACGUUAGCUAGUAAGCUAAUAUGCACCGAAAUGAUUAAACAGUGGUUUUGCUGACCAGUUUGUUGAUAGUCGGAAAAUAUCAUUUCCGUUAGACAUGAGUCACAACAUUGCCGGCUCGACAGCUAUAACCAUUGUACUGCUGCAUUUACUGAUAAAGUAAAAGUGCAUUGAAAAACUAAGUCCAUCAAACGGUAACUGAGUGAUGAGGGGAGGAUGGUUGUAGGAUUGUUAUCUUAUCUCCCUCGCUUUGUUUUGGUUACAGGUAUGGAUGGCAAAGUCAAACCCAGCAAUGCCAACAAGAAGCUUGUUCAGGGUAACUUUAACAAACGGAAUUUGUUUAUUUUACUUUGAGGCUAACCAAUUUCUCUCCACCACUAGAGGUGUGAGUGUAGCCACAGCCGGGUCUUUGCACUGGGCUUCGAUUGAUUCACCGAAUGGCGGGAGAGAAAAGCAAAAACCUCCAUAUACUUAGCCCAAUCAGUUGUGCCAUCGUCUCGUAGCUUUUACAAUUUGAUUAAACAUAUUUGAUUUGCAGUGAUAGUCCCAUUUACUUGUUAAGUGGCAAGUCUAGAUAACUUACUCGCUUCCUAGUUGACUGACAUGUAUUUAUUAUUACAGAUCAUUCCUUAAAUAACCUGGAUGCAUUUGUUAAACUAACCAUAUGAGUAAACUAAGGACUAGCCUAUAGCUUGAAUACAAUUGAGUGGGGGAUAAAGCAAUUAGUGUUUAAGUCAUACAGUGUUGUGACUCUUUUUGUGGUAGUCCUUUGAUUUUGAACAUAUGAAGGUACUGCACAUAAUUAUUUGUUUUAGUGACAGAGUUGUGCAGCAAUUAAAGUGACGCAACUUGUUUGCAACUGGAACUAUUGCUGCAUUGAAAAACAGUUGUGUGGUUGGUUGUGUGAUUGUUAUCUUAUCUCCUCACAUUUUGGUUACAGGUAUGGAUGGCAAAGUCAAACCCAGCAAUGCCAACAAGAAGCUUGUUCAGGGUAAGUGAACCUCGGGUGUUUUGAAUGCAUAUUACCUCCGUAUACUAUUUGCUGGAUUUCCACUCGACCUAUGUCACAACUCCCCUUACCUGGCAAUAGAUAACAGUAAAACUCCAGCCAACAUGUUAAAGGUCAAAGGUGAUGCAAAAUCUCCUAAAUGUAUGUUUUUAAACUGUAGUGCUUUGUGUUAAAUUGUAAUUAUGGCUGAAAUAUUGUGUGCUGCUAUUUUGGCCAGGUCUCUCUUCUAUAAUAGAUUUCUAAUCUCAAUGAGACUAACCUGGUAAAAUAAACAAUUAGAUGCUUUUAUUUUGCUAAAGGAGACUGAUGAUACAUAAUAACAUAAUGCUAUCAAACUAUUAUAAAUAAUUCAGAGAUUCUCAUUUAGUAAAUUAUAUUACAAUGAAUCAAAUUCUUUAAUUAAUUGUCUUUGCUUUCAUUGUUUUCCCAAAUACUUAAAAGAUAAAUGGAUUUAGUCCAACUUAAAAUCAGUGAUAAUAAAAAGUAUUUUCUCCUCAGCUCGCCUUCCAUUUAAGCGUCUGAACCCAGAGCCCAAAGAGACCAGUGAACCCAAAAGAACUUGUGCCCUUCCCCGCCCACAGCCUGGGCUCUCAGAUGGGGAGAAUGAAUCUGAGAGUUCCCCGCUACCCAUGCGUCACGGACCAGCACUGGUUAACGGCCGCGGACCCCUGGAUGGAUUCAUGAGUCACAGCAGCCAAACUUCCCCUGCCAAAAUAAUAGUUGUUGAUCUCACUGAGGGCUCUAAUUCAACAGACCCUCUAAAGCAGCAACCUGCGACACCCAUUUCUGCCUUGUGUCCUCCCACACAAAACAACCACCUGAGCAAAACUCUGAGUGCUGUAACGGCCACCAAAACAGAUCACACUGCCACAACAGGGCCCUUAGACUGCAAGGUGGGGGGUGAACAGGAUGGCAAACUGGGGGGUGAACAGGAUGGGGAGAAGGACGGGGAGGACACUGCAUCCGUCUCACAGCUAGAUACCACACAGGGAUCUGACACAGAGGAGGAGGAAGAUGAAGCGGAGGAGGAAGAAGAAGAGUCGGUCAAGGCUGAUAUGUCCAGUCAUGGAAAUGGGUCCAUGCUGUCUCCUUCAUCCACCAGCUCUCUGUCAGCGGCCGAGAGCUCCCCAGAGGCUGCCAAGACGGAGAACAAUCCUACUGUCACGGUGAGUACCGACUCGCAAUCAGAUUCAAUAAACAUUCAAUGUCUGUCAUCAGUGAUCUUUGUGUAAAUGUACACAUCAGAAAGCUAUGUUACCUUUCUUCUCUUUCCAGGAGCCAAAUACCACCCCUAAAAUAGAGCAGAAAACAGUGAAAAGAUGCUCUAUAAAGGUAUAAUGAGCUGCAAUAGAUCACUUCUGUAUUUCACUACUAAUUGGCAAAAUUUUGCAUCCCAAUGCCUAUUUAAAUAUCUACAUCUAAAUACUUAUCUGAAGCUGAAUUUGUUAUUUCCUCUCUUCAUAGAGUUUGCAGGAGCAAGAGGAGAGGCUACGCCAGCGCCAAGAGAGAGAGCGGCAGCGGGAGGAGGCUAAAGCCGUUAAAGAGAAGAAGAAAGAGGAGGCUCGCAAACUGAAAGAGGAGAGGGAGAAGGAAAGAAAGGAGAAAAGGGAGAAAGAAGAGCAUGAAAAAAGAGAGAAAAAAGGAAAAGAGGAAAUGGAAAAAGCAGAGAAAUUAAGAGCGAAAGAGGAGCAACGCAAAUCGAAGCAAGAGUGAGUGUUGCUUGAUCAAAAACCCCCUAGAGCUACAGAUCUGAAAUGUCUUGUUACUUUUAUAUUGACUUGACUGGAAACAUUUGAUUGAAUUUUUUUUUAUUAAUGCAAAUGUAAUCCUUGCAAUUGACAAACGUGAUAUAAUUUCCCCCAGGGCAAAACUUGAAGACAAGAGAAAGAAAGAGGAGGAGAAACGGUUGAAAGAAGAAAAGGAUGUGAGUUGAUCAUUUUUUGCUGAGGGAUUUUUCUAUUCUUUAAACCUAAAUGUAAUGUCUGACACUGACAUUUGACGCUUGACAAUUGCCAUGUCAUUGUAAUAGACCUGAUAAUACAUCUGAAAAUGUUAUAUUCAGAGGCUCAAAGCAGAGAAAGCAGAGAUCACACGAUUCCUACAGAAACCGAAGACUACUCAGCAGGUCACUAAGGCAAGACACCUCUGACUGGAUUGAAAAAGAAAACAACAUCUCAAUCACAAAAUAGUGGCAUGUGAAUUUAAUCUAUAACUUUCCUUCCUUCUGUCUCUCACACCUCAGACCCUUGUGUCUGCCUGUGGAAAGUUUGCUCCGUUUGAGAUAAAGGAGCACAUGUGUCUGGCACCACUAACCCGGGUCCAGUGUGAGGAGGCAGUCCUGGAGGAACUGGACCGGUACCUGGCUAAACCUGAUGGAAGCCUGGAUGGCCUGAGGGACUGGACCAGAAAUAAGCCCCGCAGAUCAGGCCCAACCAAGCCCAGAAUCACAGACUCUAUGAGGUGAGCAUCACACCCUAAAAAUCACAAUUGUUGGGUGGCCGUGAUGGCAACAAUAGGUGACUUGAAUGACUGAACGCUUGACAUUUUGUGAAACUACAAAGAAUGCGCGAUUCCUACUGUAAAGAGGCUGUUUCUACACUGAAAAAGAUAUAUAAACGCAACAUGUAAAGUGUAGGUUUCAUGAGCUGAAAUAAAAGAUCCCAGAAAUUUUCCAUACGCACAAAAAGCUUAUUUCUCUCAAAUUGUGUGCACAAAUGUUUACCUCCCUGUUAGUGAGCAAGAUCAGAUAAUCCAUCCACCUGACAGGUGUGGCAUAUCAAGAAGCUGAUUAAACAGCAUGAUCAUUACACAGGUGCACCUUGUGCUGGGGACAAUAAAAGACCACUCUAAAAUGUGCAGUUUUGUCACACAACACAAUGCCACAGAUGUCUCAAGUUUUGAGGGAGUCACCUGUGGGAUCGUCUGAGACCAGCCACCCGGACAGCUGAGGAAGCUGUGGAUUUACACAACCAAAGAAUUUCUGCACAAACUGUCAGAAACCAUCUCGGGGAUGCUCAUCUGCGCGCUCCAGGGUCUUGACCUGACUGCAGUUCGGCGUCGUAACCGACUUCAGUGGGCUCACCUUCGAUGGCCACUGGUACGCUGGAGAAGUGUGCUCUUCACGGAUGAAUCCUGGUUUCAACUGUACCGGGCAGACGGUGUGUAUGGCGUCGUGUGGGCGAGCGGUUUGCUGAUGUCAACGUUGUGAACAGAAUGCCCAAUGAUGGGGUUAUAUGGUAUGGGUAGGCAUUAACUAUGGACAACAAACACAAUUGUAUUUUAUCGAUGGCAAUUUGAAUGCACAGAGAUACCGUGACUAGAUCCUGAGGCCCAUUGUCAUGCCAUUCAUCCACUGCCAUCACCUCAUUUUUCAGCAUGAUAAUGCACGGCCCCAUGUCACAAGGAUCUGUGCACAAUUCCUGGAAGCUGAAUGUCCCAGUUCUUCCAUGGCCUGCAUACUCACCAGACAUGUCUGUAAGUCGCUCUGGAUAAGAGCGUCUGCUAAAUGACUAAAUAAAAAUAAAAUAAAUAAUGUCACCCAUUGAGCAAGUUUGGGAUGCUCUGGAUGGACGUUUAUGACAGCGUGUUCCAGUUCCACCCAAUAUCCAGCAACUUCGCACAGCCAUUGAAGAGGAGUGGGACAACAUUUCACAGGCUACAAUCAGCCUGAUCAACUUUAUGCAAAGGAGAUGUUGCGCUGCAUGAGGCAAAUGGUGGUCACACCAGAUGCGGACAGGUUUUCUGAUCCACACCCUUACCCUUUUAAGGUAUCUGUGACCAACAGAUGCAUAUCUGUAUUGCGGUGUAUAUCUGUAUUGCCGGUCAUGUGAAAUCCAUAGAUUAGGGUCUAAUAAAUGUAUUUCAAUUGACUGAUUUCCUUAUAUGAACUCAAUAUAGUCUUUGAAAUUGUUGCGAUUACAUUUUUGUUCAGUGUAUGUAUCCUCCUAUAGUCUUUUUGGCCCCUCUCUCUGUUCUCUGCAUAGGGAGUGUAUAGUUAUAGUUAAAGGGCCUAAACCGGACGGUGUGCCUGACCGUCAGCGAUACGGCCGCAUGAAGCUCCUUCAGUUCCGUGAGAACUACCGGCCUGCCUACUGGGGCACGUGGAGCAAAAAGAGCCCCCACAUCUCCCCACGUUACCCUCUCAGACAGGACAAGGUAAGGCUUCCCUCAUUCUCUGACCAUGAUCCUUUUCAAGCCUUUCACUUCUUUAUGUCUUAGUUUCUGCCAUAUUGCUCUCACUAUCCCUGCCAUAUCCAAUUGUCAAGUGAGUGAAGAAUGUGUUCUGGUGGUGACAUCAGUUGCACUGUGACUUCCAUGUUUGAGUUUUCUAUGUAUGACAAAAGUUUGUGUUCUCGCUAGGACCUGUUGGAUUAUGAGGUGGACAGUGAUGAGGAGUGGGAGGAGGAGGAGCCAGGAGAGUCCCUGUCACACAGUGAAGGGGUAGGUCUCUCUUAAAUACUCUUCUGUCACAGCUUCUGAUGCUCUGCUGUUCUGUUUGAUAUUAAGAUUUGCUCAUCUUUUUUUUGGGGGGGGGGGGCUCGGUCGGGGUCUCAACUUACUGUUCAGAGUUAGAAUAAUAGAAUACACGAUGUGCAAUUUCGAAAUUUGGUUGUGCAUCAGCAGUCACUUAAUUAGCCCAUGUCAGCUAUUUUUAUUUAUUUAUUGGUACGUUAGUCGAGUGGCCAGCUAUCUAAACUUGUAGUAAGCAUGGUCGAAUUACCGACCGGGGUUGGGGCCCAUUGAUCAUCAGUUAUCAUAUAAAAUUAUCUUGGCUGUCAAUAGGUGGGCCGCAAGGUUGGGGGAUGGAUGUGGGUAGGCAGACCCACUGCGGCCCUUCAUGAAUUCAAUUUAUUUGUGGCCCCCACCCCAAUCAAUGUUGCCCAUCCCUGACUAAACUGACUCUUUUGUUGUUUUUGCAGGAGGAUAAUGAUGAGGGAGGUGAAAAUGACGACGACGAUGAGGAUGGUUUCUUUGUACCACAUGGUUACUUAUCAGACGGGGAGGGGGCAUUGGAGGAGGAAGAGGUACAUUCAAUUGCCCUACAAUCCGUAUGCAUGCCUCAUUCAUUUUCUUUACUGUUCUUUUCCGGUGGACUGGUUUGACUAAUAAUGGAUAUAUAAUUUAAGUUCUUAAAGUGCUUUACAUUAUAAGGGGUGGAUACCUUAUCUACUACCAAUGUUGAGCACUCACCUUAAUUGCUCCUAUCUCUGUGACGUGAUUCAAGGAGGGUGGCGACCCAGAGAAGCAGAAGGUUCGUCAGAAGCUGAAGGCCCGGGAGUGGGACGAGCUGAUGGCCAAGAAGAAGGUGAAGGUGCUGGAGGCGGUGGUGAGAGGCUGUGUGUGGGAGGGAGAGGGUCCCCCUCUGGAACUCUUCCAGCAAUUUGCUGUGUGCCUGGUAGAACCCCUGCCAAAGCCGCAGCCCACCACCCCAGAGGACAACGUACAGAAACUACAACAGAAACUACAAGAAGAUGAGCAGCGUGAGUACAUUCUUAUGUCUGGGGGAAUAUAAUGCAGAUACAGUGGCUUGCGAAAGUAUUCACCCCCCUUGGCAUUUUUCCUAUUUUGUUGCCUUACAAUCUGGAAUGAAAGUGGAUUUUUUGUGGGUUUGUAUCAUUUGAUUAACACAACAUGCCUACCACUUUGAAGAUGUAAAAUAUUUUUUUGUGUGAAACAAACAAGAAAUACGAUUUAAAAAACAGAACUUCAGCGUGCAUAACUAUUCACCCCAUCCAAAGUCAAUACUUUUAGAGCCACCUUUUGCAGCAAUUACAGCUGCAAGUCUCUUGUGGUAUGUCUCUAUAAGCUUGGCAUAUCUAGCUACUGGGAUUUUUGGCCAUUCUUCAAGGCAAAACUGCUCCAGCUCCUUCAAGUUGGAUGGGUUCCGUUGGUGUACAGCAAUCUUUAAGUCAUACUACAUAUUCUCAAUUGGAUUGAGGUCUGGGCUUUGACUAGGCCAUUCCAAGACAUUUAAAUGUUUCCCCUUAAACCAUUCGAGUGUUGCUUUAGCAGUAUGCUUAGGGUCAUUGUCCUGCUGGAAGGUGAACCUCCGUCCCAGUCUCAAAUCUCUGGAAGACUGAAACAGGUUUCCCUCAAUAAUUUCCCUGUAUUUAGCGCCAUCCAUCAUUCCUUCUAUUCUGACCAGUUUCCCAGUCCCUGCCGAUGGGGAAAAACAUCCCCACAGCAUGAUGCUGCCACCACCAUGCUUCACUGUGGGGAUGGUGUUCUCGGGGUGAUGAGAGGUGUUGGGUUUGCGCCAGACACAGCGUUUUCCUUGAUUGCCAAAAAGCUCAAUUUCAGUCUCACCUGACCAGAGUAUCUUCUUCCAUAUGUUUGGGGAGUCUCCCACAUGCCUUUUGCAAACACCAAAUGUGUUUGCUUUUUUUUUUCUUUAAGCAAUGGCUUUUUUCUGGCCACUCUUCUGUAAAGCCCAGCUCUGUGGAGUGUACGGCUUAAAGUGGUCCUAUGGACAGAUACUCCAAUCUCCGCUGUGGAGCUUUGCAGCUCCUUCAGGGUUACCUUUGGUCUCUUUGUUGCCUCUCUGAUUAAUGCCCUCCUUGCCUGGUCCCCCUGGCUGAGGGAAGGAGGUUCUCACCCAAGAUUUGACGGUACAUGGCCCCAUCCAUCGUCCCUUUGAUGCGGUGAAGUUGUCCUGUCCCCUUAGCAGAAAAACACCCCCAAAGCAUAAUUUUUCAACCUCCAUGUUUGACGGUGGGGAUGGUGUUCUUGGGGUCGUAGGCAGCAUUCCUCCUCCUCCAAACACGGCGAGUUGAGUUGAUGCCAAAGAGCUCCAUUUUGGUCUCAUCUGACCACAACACUUUCACCCAGUUCUCCUCUGAAUCGUUCAGAUUCAUAUACAGACGGGCCUGUAUAUGUGCUUUCUUGAGCAGGGUGACCUCGGUCUGGGGCUCCAUGCAAGAUCUCACCUCGUGGGGAAUCAAUGAUCAUGAGGAAGGUGAGGGAUCAGCCCAGAACUACACGGCAGGACCUGGUCAAUGACCUGAAGAGAGCUGGGUCCACAGUCUCAAAGAAAACCAUUAGUAACACACUACGCCGUCAUGGAUUAAAAUCCUGCAGCGCACGCAAGGUCCCGCUGCUCAAGCCAGCGCAUGUCCAGGCCCGUCUGAAGUUUGCCAGUGACCAUCUGGAUGAUCCAGAGGAGGAAUGGGAGAAGGUAAUGUGGUCUGAUGAGACAAGAAUAUAGCUUUUUGGUCUAAACUCAACUCGCUGUGUUUGGAGGAAGAAGAAGGAUGAGUACAACCCCAAGAACACCAUCCCAACCGUGAAGCAUGGAGGUGGAAACAUCAUUCUUUGGGGAUGCUUUUCUGCAAAGGGGACAGGAUGACUGCACCGUAUUGAGGGGAGGAUGGAUGGGGCCAUGUAUCGCGAGAUCUUGGCCAACAACCUCCUUCCCUCAGUAAGAGCAUUGAAGAUGGGUCGUGGCUGGGUCUUCCAGCAUGACAACGACCCGAAACACACAGCCAGGGCAACUAAGGAGUGGCUCCGUAAGAAGCAUCUCAAGGUCCUGGAGUGGCCUAGCCAGUCUCCAGACCUGAACCCAAUAGAAAAUCUUUGGAGGGAGCUGCAAGUCCGUAUUGCCCAGCGACAGCCCCGAAACCUGAAGGAUCUGGAGAAGGUCUGUAUGGAGGAGUGGGCCAAAAUCCCUGCUGUAGUGUGUGCAAACCUGGUCAAGACCUACGGGAAACGUAUGAUCUCUGUAAUUGCAAACAAAGGUUUCUGUACCAAAUAUUAAGUUCUGCUUUUCUGAUGUAUCAAAUACUUUUGUCAUGCAAUAAAAUGCAAAUUAAUUACUUAAAAAUCAUACAAUGUGAUUUUCUGGAUUUUUGUUUUAGAUUCCGUCUCUCACAGUUGAAGUGUACCUAUGAUAAAAAUUACAGACCUCUACAUGCUUUGUAAGUAGGAAAACCUGCAAAAUCGGCAGUGUAUCAAAUACUUGUUUUCCCCACUGUAUAUACAUACAUAUACAGUGGGGGAAAAAAGUAUUUAGUCAGCCACCAAUUGUGCAAGUUCUCCCACUUAAAAAGAUGAGAGGCCUGUAAUUUUCAUCAUAGGUACACGUCAACUAUGACAGACAAAAUGAGGGGAAAGAAAUCCAGAAAAUCACAUUGUAGGAUUUUUUAUGAAUUUAUUUGCAAAUUAUGGUGGAAAAUAAGUAUAUGGUCACCUACAAACAAGCAAGAUUUCUGGCUCUCACAGACCUGUAACUUCUUCUUUAAGAGGCUCCUCUGUCCUCCACUCGUUACCUGUAUUAAUGGCACCUGUUUGAACUUGUUAUCAGUAUAAAAGACACCUGUCCACAACCUCAAACAGUCACACUCCAAACUCCACUAUGGCCAAGACCAAAGAGCUGUCAAAGGACACCAGAAACAAAAUUGUAGACCUGCACCAGGCUGGGAAGACUGAAUCUGAAAUAGGUAAGCAGCUUGGUUUGAAGAAAUCAACUAUGGGAACAAUUAUUAGGAAAUGGAAGACAUACAAGAACACUGAUAAUCUCCCUCGAUCUGGGGCUCCACGCAAGAUCUCACCCCGUGGGGUCAAAAUGAUCACAAGAACGGUGAGAAAAAAUCCCAGAACCACACGGGGGGACCUAGUGAAUGACCUGCAGAGAGCUGGGACCAAAGUAACAAAGCCUACCAUCAGUAACACACUACGCCGCCAGGGACUCAAAUCCUGCAGUGCCAGACGUGUCCCCCUGCUUAAGCCAGUACAUGUCCAGGCCCGUCUGAAGUUUGCUAGAGUGCAUUUGGAUGAUCCAGAAGAGGAUUGGGAGAAUGUCAUAUGGUCAGAUGAAACCAAAAUAUAACUUUUUGGUAAAAACUCAACUCGUUGUGUUUGGAGGACAAAGAAUGCUGAGUUGCAUCCAAAGAACACCAUACCUACUGUGAAGCAUGGGGGUGGAAACAUCAUGCUUUGGGGCUGUUUUUCUGCAAAGGGACCAGGACGACUGAUCCGUGUAAAGGAAAGAAUGAAUGGGGCCAUGUAUCGUGAGAUUUUGAGUGAAAACCUCCUUCCAUCAGCAAGGGCAUUGAAGAUGAAACGUGGCUGGGUCUUUCAGCAUGACAAUGAUCCCAAACACACCGCCCGGGCAACGAAGGAGUGGCUUCGUAAGAAACAUUUCAAGGUCCUGGAGUGGCCUAGCCAGUCUCCAGAUCUCAACCCCAUAGAAAAUCUUUGGAGGGAGUUGAAAGUCCGUGUUGCCCAGCGACAGCCCCAAAACAUCACUGCUCUAGAGGAGAUCUGCAUGGAGGAAUGGGCCAAAAUUAAAUCAAAUUGUAUUGGUCACAUGCGCCGAAUACAACAGGUGCAGUGAAAUGCUUACUUACAGCCCUUAACCAACAGUGCAUUUAUUUUUAACAAAAAAUAAAACAACAACAAAAAAAGUGUUGAGAAAAAAAGAGCAGAAGUAAAAUAAAAUAACAGUAGGGAGGCUAUAUAUACAGGGGGGUACCGGUGCAGAGUCAAUGUGCGGGGGCACCGGCUAGUUGAGAUAGUUGAAGUAAUAUGUACAUGUUGGUAGAGUUAAAGUGACUAUGCAUAAAUAAUUAACAGAGUAGCAGCAGCGUAAAAAGGAUGGGGUGGGGGGGCAGUGCAAAUAGUCCGGGUAGCCAUGAUUAGCUGUUCAGGAGUCUUAUGGCUUGGGGGUAGAAGCUGUUGAGAAGUCUUUUGGACCUAGACUUGGCACUCCGGUACCGCUUGCCGUGCGGUAGCAGGGAGAACAGUCUAUGACUAGGGUGGCUGGAGUCUUUGACAAUUUUGAGGGCCUUCCUCUGACACCGCCUGGUAUAGAGGUCCUGGAUGGCAGGAAGCUUGGCCCCAGUGAUGUACUGGGCCGUACUCACUACCCUCUGUAGUGCCUUGCGGUCGGAGGCCAAGCAGUUGCCAUACCAGGCGGUGAUGCAACCAGUCAGGAUGCUCUCGAUGGUGCAGCUGUAGAAGUUUUUGAGGAUCUGAGGACCCAUGCCAAAUAUUUUCAGUCUCCUGAGGGGGAAUAGGCUUUGUCGUGCCCUCUUCACGACUGUCUUGGUGUGUUUGGACCAUGAUAGUUCGUUGGUGAUGUGGACACCAAGGAACAUGAAGCUCUCAACCUGUUCCACUACAGCCCCGUCGAUGAGAAUGGGGGCGUGCUCUGUCCUCUUUUUUUUCCUGUAGUCCACAAUCAUCUCCUUUGUCUUGGUCACAUUGAGGGAGAGGUUGUUAUUCUGGCACCACACGGCCAGGUCUCGGACCUCCUCCCUAUAGGCUGUCUCAUCGUUGUCGGUGAUCAGGCCUACCACUGUUGUGUCGUCGGCAAACUUAAUGAUGGUGUUGGAGUCGUGCCUGGCAAUGCAGUCAUGGGUGAACAGAGAGUACAGGAGGGGACUGCGCACGCACCCCUGAGGGGCCCCCGUGUUGAGGAUCAGUGUGGCAGAUGUGUUGUUACCUACCCGUACCACCUGGGGGCGGCCCAUCAGGAAGUCCAGGAUCCAGUUGCAGAGGGAGGUGUUUAGUCCCAGGAUCCUUAGCUUAGUGAUGAGGUUAGAGGGCACUAUGGUGUUGAAUGCUGAGCUGUAGUCAAUGAAUAGCAUUCUCACGUAGGUGUUCCUCUUGUCCAGGUGGGAAAGGGCAGUGUGGAGUGUAAUAGAGAUUGCAUCAUCUGUGGAUCUGUUGGGGCGGUAUGCAAAUUGGAGUGGGUCUAGGGUUUCUGUGAUAAUGCUGUUGAUGUGAGCCAUGACCAGCCUUUCAAAGCACUUCAUGGCUAAAGACGUCAGUGCUACGGGUCGGUAGUCAUUUAGGCAGGUUAUCUUAGAGUCCUUGGGCACGGGGACUAGGGUGGUCUGCUUGAAACAUGUUGGUAUUACAGACUCAGUCAGGGACAUGUUGAAAAUGUCAGUGAAGACACUUGCCAGUUGGUCAGCACAUGCUCGGAGUACACGUCCUGGUAAUCCGUCUGGCCCUGCGGCCUUGUGAAUGUUGACCUGCUUAAAAGUCUUACUCAUAUCAGCUACGGAGAGCGUGAUCACAUAGUCAUCCGGAACAGCUGGUGCUCUCAUGCAUGCUUCAGUGUUGCUUGCCUCGACGCGAGCAUAGAAGUGGUUUAGCUCGUCUGGUAGGCUUGUGUCACUGGGCAGCUCGCGGCUGUGCUUCCCUUUGUAGUCUGUAAUAGUUUUCAAGCCCUGCCACAUCCGACGAGCGUCAGAGCCAGUGUAGUACGAUUCAAUCUUAGUUCUGUAUUGACUCUUUGCCUGUUUGAUGGUUCGUCGGAGGGCAUAGUGGGAUUUCUUAUAAGCGUCCGGGUUAGAGUCCCGUUCCUUGAAAGCGGCAGCUCUACCCUUUAGCUCAGUGCGGAUGUUUCCUGUAAUCCAUGGCUUCUGGUUGGGGUAUGUACGUACGGUCACUGUGGGGACGACAUCAUCGAUGCACUUAUUGAUGAAGCCAGUGACUGAUGUGGUGUACUCCUCAAUGCUGUCUGAAGAAUCCCGGAACAUGUUCCAGUCUGUGCUAGCAAAACAGUCCUGUAGCUUAGCAUCUGCGUCAUCUGACCACUUUUUUAAUUAACCGAGUCACUGGUGCUUCCUGCUUUAGUUUUUGCUUAUAAGCAGGAAUCAGGAGGAUAGAGUCCAUUGCUCUUGUAUUUUUCCCCCAAGCAGGUCUCUUCUUCUUAUUGGUGACCUUUAGUAGUGGUUUCUUUGCAGCAAUUUGACCAUGAAGGCCUGAUCCACACAGUCCCCUCUGAACAGUUGACGUUGAGAUGUGUCUGUGACUUGAACUCUGAAGCAUUUAUUUGGGCUGCAAUUUCUGAGUCUGGUAACUCUAAUGAACUUAUCCUCUGUAGCAGAGGUAACUCUGGGUCUUCCUUUCCUGUGGUGGUCCUCAUGAGAGCCAGUUUCAUCAUAGUGCUUGAUGGUUUUUGCAACUGCACUUGAAGAAGCUUUCAAAGUUCUUGAAAUUUUCCGUAUUGACGGACCUUCAUGUCUUAAAGUAAUGAAGGACUGUCCUUUCUCUUUGCUUAUUUGAGCUGUUCUUGCCACAAUAUGGACUUGGUCUUUUGCCAAAUAGGGCUAUCUUCUGUAUACCACCCCUACCUUGUCACAACACAACUGAUUGGCUGAAACGCAUUAAGAAGGAAAGAAAUUCCACAAAUUAACUUUUAACAAGGCACACCAGCCAACAAGUGCUCAGCAUAUGUGGGAACUCCUUCAAGACUGUUGGAAAAGCAUUCCAGGUGAAGCUGGUUGAGAGAAUAACAAGAGUGUGCAAAGCUGUCAUCAAGGCAAAGGGUGGCUAUUUGAAAUAUAUAUAUAUUUUGAGUUUAACACUGUUUUUGGUUACUACAUGAUUCCAUAUGUGUUAUUUCAUAGUUUUGAUGUCUUCACUAUUAUUCUACAAUGUAAAAAAAUAAAGAAAAACCCUUGAAUGAGUAGGUGUGUCCAAACUUUUGACUAAUAGAGUAUAUUUACACUAAAAUCUACGUUUUGAUUGUGGAGAUUGACUUAACACCCAAGACCAACAUGUGAUUCAUCUGCACUCAUCAUGCUGCAUCGAGCGAGCUAAAUCGAGCACACCAACUAUUUCACAUCACGCGUGGAGAUGAAGAAAAGAGAGAACAUACGCAGAUGUGGUUGUUUUUAUAAAAAUCUGGUAAUGUUUCGCCAAGAAUCAUGUAAACAGUUACGAAGGGAGACUUUCAAAACUGGAUUGAGUGAAGUAGCAACAAAUGUGCUUAAUGAUUAUGAGCUCUGUCUGUCACCCGUACGCAAUUACUUAGGCCUAAAACAAGAGCAUGGAGCCCUACACAAGUUUGCUAAAGUACUGUAUACAUUUUCGUCUAAUAGUUAGUCUAUUUACUUACUUUUGAAUUUGUAGCUCUCUGUUAGAAGUGUGCUUUUUGUGAACAAUUGACUGUCCUUUCUGACAAAAUUAUGCUGGAAUUGAGCCUGGCAGAAUUGAACCAAAUUGGUGAUUGGUUGACGAUAUGACACAUUGGCCUACGUCUUUUUUCAGUUGCAUUGUGCAGAAUAUCAGAGCUUUCAUCCAGUUGGAGUAGUGUUUAACCUCAUCAGAUCUUAUCAUUAUGACCGCAAAAAAUAUGUGUUGGAAUGCAAUGAAUGUCAAAUCUGAUCAAAUGAAUGGGAAGUCUGAAAUAUGGUAUACGUUUUUUUUUUUUUUGUAAAUGUGUCAGGAAUCUUGAAAAGGGGCUGAAAUACAGGACUGCCCCAGGAGGUUCUUUGCCAUGAGGUGCCAUGUUGAACUUCCAGUGACCAGUAUGAGGGAGUGUGAGAGCGAUGACACCAAAUUUAACACACCUGCUCCCCAUUCACACCUGAGACCUUGUAACACUAACGAGUCACAUGACACCGGGGAGGGAAAAUGGCUAAUUGGGCCCAAUUUGGACAUUUUCACUUAGGGGUGUACUCACUUUUGUUGCCAGCGGUUUAGACAUUAAUGGCUGUGUGUUGAGUUAUUUUGAGGGGACAGCAAAUUUACACUGUUAUACAAGCUGUACACUCACUACUUUACAUUGUAGCAAAGUGUCAUUUCUUCAGUGUUGUCACAUGAAAAGAUAUACUCAAAUAUUUGCAAAAAUGUGAGGGGUGUACUAACUUUUGUGAGAUACUGUAUAUGAUCAUAUUGGAUGCAGCCUUUUGCCCAAACCUGACAUGAAUAGGCCUAGAUGUAGAAUGUGUUUUCAAACACCUUCCCAUUUCCCAUACCAUAUCUUCAGUGCUGUCCCAGUUGCUGCCACUGCUCCAUGGAAAUGUGAACAGCAAUAAGGUGAUCAUCACAGAGUUCCAGGAGUUUUGUCGCCAGAAAUUGACCUUGUCUAUCUCCAGCCCCCAGAACUCGGGAGACAUCCCCACCAGGUAACUCUAAACAUUUGCUAUUUUACAUGAUGAGUAAAUUAUAUAUAGUCACUAUUAAACGUAUAUUAUAAACUGGGUUGUUCGAGCCCUGAAUGAUGAUUGGCUAACUGCCGUGGAAUAUCAGACCACAUACCAUGGGUAUGACAACAUUUCUCUAAUUAUGUUGGUAACCAGUUUAUAAUCGCAAUAAGGCACCUUUGUGGUAUAUGGCCAAUAUACCACGGCUAAGGGCUGUAUCCAAGCACUCCACGUUGCGUCGUUCCUAAGAACAGCCCUUAGCUGUGGUAUAUUGGCCAUAUACAGUGUCUUCGGAAAGUAUUCAGAUCCCUUGACUUUUUCCACAUUUUGUUAGGUUACAGCCUUAUUCUAACAUUAAGUUGUUUUUUUCCCUCAUCAAUCUACACACAAUACCCCUUAAUGACAAAUCAAAAAUAGGUAUUUAUAGUAUUUGGCAAAUGUAUUUUAAAAUAAAAAACGGAAUUACCUUAUUUACAUAAGUAUUCAGACCCUUUGCUAUGAGACUCGAAAUUGAGCUCAGGUACCAAAAAUGUCUGUAGCAUUGAAGUUCCCCAAGAACACAGUGGCCUCCAUCAUUCUUAAAUGGAAGAAGUUUGGAACCACCAAGACUGGCCGCUCGGCCAAACUGAGCAAUCGGGGGAGAAGGGCCUUGGUCAGGGAGGUGACCAAGAACCCGAUGGUCACUCUGACAGAGCUCCAGAGUUCUCCUGUGGAGAUGGGAGAACCUUCCAGAAGGACAACCAUCUCUGCAGCACUCCACGAAUCAGGCCUUUAUGGUAGAGUGGCCAGACGGAAGCCACUCCUCAGUAAAAGGCACAUGACAGCCCGCUUGGAGUUUGCCAAAAACCACCUAAAGGACUCUCAGACCAUGAGAAACAAAAUUCUCUGUUCUGAUGAAACCAAGAUUGAACUAUUUGGCCUGAAUGCCAAGUGUCACGUCUAGAGGAAACCUGGCACCAUCCCAAUGGUGAGGCAUGGUGGUGGCAGCAUCAUGCUGUGGGGAUAUGUUUCUACGGCAGGGACUGGGAGACUAGUCAGGAUCGAGGGAAAUAUGAUCGGAGCAAAAUACAGAGAGAUCCUUGAUGAAAACCUGCUCCAGAGCGCUCAGGACCUCAGACUGGGGCGAAGGUUCACCUUUCAACAGGACAACGACCCUAAGCACACAGCCAAGACAAUGCAGGAGUGGCUUUGGGACAAGUCUCUGAAUGUCCUUGAGUGGUCCAGCCAGAGCCGGACUUGAACGAGAUCGAACAUCUCUGGCGAGAACUGAAAAUAGCUGUGCAGCGACGCUCCCCAUCCAACCUGACAGAGCUUGAGAGGAUCUGCAGAGAAGAAUGGGAGAAACUCCCCAAAUACAGGUGUGCCAAGCUUGUAGCGUCAUACCCAAGAAGACUCAAGGCUGUAAUCGCUGCCAAAGAUGCUUCAACAAAGUAAAGGGUCUGAAUACUUAUGUAAAUGUACUCUUUCAGUUUCUAAAACCCUGUUUUUGCUUUGUCAUUAUGGGGCGUAACAAAAUGUGGAAAGAGUCAAGCAGUCUGAAUACUUUCCGAAUGCGCUGUACCACACCCCCUCGGGCCUUAUUGCAUAAGUAAAUCAUGUACAGGUGCAAAUGCUAUAUUAAAGCGUUUUUGUUUUGUUUUCUUCAUAACUGAGAUGGUCUCCUUUUUCCUUUUACUCUAGGAUCCGCCUGAAGCGCCUUAUCAAGGGAAAUGCCGUGUAUGAGAAGCGCUCGGCCUACAGACGCUGCUGCUGGUACGUACACACAGAGGUCCUGGCUUGCUUCAGCCAGGAGGCUCUCCCUGUACCCUGCCAGUGGAACUACCUCACCUCUGGGGCCCAUGUGUCCCGGGAAGAGGCCUCGGCGGCCAUGGGCUCACAGGGCAACUUCCCAACCACCCCACAGACCUCCGCCACACUCUCGUCCUCCAACAAGAGGAAGAGUGCCGGCAGCAUGUCCAUCACCAAGUUCAUGAAGAAGGCUUCUGACUCUGAGCAGGUAGGACAGUCUGAUAAAGUAUGUAUAUGAAGUACUUUUGCUCAGAUCCUAUUGCUAAGACCGCUGUGCAUCAGAUUUUCAUGAGCACUCCUUUGUUCCAGGCUAAUGCGAUGGAGAUGGAUGGCUUCCAGGCAGACACAGAGGAGGAUGAGGAUGAAGCAGACUGUGUCAUAAUCAGCACACAGAAAGGUGAGACCUCAAAAUAACUUUCAUGAAGCAGAUUGUUUGGCCCUGAUGGACGCAUAGUAUUUGUUUUCCCUAGAUAUAAGGAAGAAGGGAGGUAUUGACAGUGACACUAAAUAUGUCUUUCCCUGCAGGAUCUUCCAGAAAGGAUACCUCCUCCACAGAAAAAAUGGAGGUGACCCCCUCUGAUACAGCUGCUCUCCCCCUGCACCGGCCCAUUCCCACCCCGGCCACCGCCUAAGAACUGCCCCCUGACUCUGGGGGUGUGUAUUUGUGUCAGAUAGAAUCAGGUCUUCGCUCAAGAUAACAUUCUGUAGUGGCACACAUGCCACCCACACAGUAUUUCUCCCCCCCCCCCUCCUCUCUAAGUACCAGACAAUUGCCUGUAAAAAUGAAAAUGUCUGACCGAGAAACUUAUUAGGACAUGGUAUAUUUUGUUCCAAUGCUCAACCAUUUAUUACUUGGUUCAGUUGGAGUGUCAGACAUGUUUAAAUGGGUGGCUUUGCUUGGUGAGGAGUGGAAGGUGGCUCAGACAGUCAAGGCUCUGCUACUAUGGUAGAUUGGGUGGACCAGUGCCCACUCUAGUAGUUGCCGUCUGCUAGACCAUAGGCCCAGUGUCCUCCUUUUUUAUAUAUAUAUAUAUAUACACAUUUGUUGUUAAAGAACAUAAUAAUACUUGAACUGGUUGAAUUAAUUAAAAAAUUAUGAUUUAAUUGUACUGCACUUUUAUGCCUUCCUCCUUGUUCCCCCCGUUUAUCUGGAUACCUUUAUCAACAUGCCACCACUCAUCCUUUCUAUUGAGAAAUGUAUGUUUUGUUAAUGGGUUUCAAUAUGGCAGGUGCUGCUGUUUCUCAGGCUGCUAAACAGUGCUUAUUGUACUAUUCUAAACCUCAAUGUUGUGUUCUUCUUAAUAAUGGUUUAGAGGUGGAAUAGUGAAUGGCUGUCCAUUAUUAAAAACGUUGCCGUUUGCCUUUCUUUUUUCAGUGGCAGAGACAUUCAGAAUGCUUUUCUGUCCCAACUGUUAGUUUUCAGGGAUGAUUAAAGGUCUCA